AUGGUGAAUAUAUGUGAUCAGACUGAUGAUGACAUCUGCAGUGUGGAAUGCAAGACAAUUCUUCUUGCUCGGAUCGCUGCUAAAACAAAGCCAGUAGUAAAAGCAGCAAAGCGUGUGAACCUUCCUUUGGGUGAUGAGAGCUUCUGUAUUAAGGACAUUAAUUUUCCAAAUAUACCUACUUUAGCUGACAGCUGGAUCAGUUCACUGAGGAGUAAACUUGACAUUUGUGUCAAGGGUGAUGCUGUUCCUGAUCCAAUCAUGUGUUUCUCUGCCUGUGGUCUUCCUGAGAAGCUUGUGCACAAUCUUGAGACUGCGGGAUAUUGUAUGCUUACUCCAGUGCAGAUGCAAGUUAUCCCUGCAUCAAUGAGUAAUAGAAGCUUACUUGUUUCUGCUGAGACUGGUUCAGGGAAAACUGCAUCUUUUCUCAUUCCCAUAAUUGCUCAUUGUUCACGAGUAAGAUCACAAGAAUGCGCAAGCAAUCAAGGACCGUUGGCUAUAGUUCUUGCUCCAACUAGAGAGCUACGCCUGCAGGUAGAAGAGCAAGCAAAAGUGCUUGGUAAAGGUUUGCCUUUCAAAACUGCUCUAGUUGUCGGUGGAGAUCCAUUGCCUCAGCAAAUUUACAGAAUUGAAAAUGGUAUUGAGUUAAUUGUUGGCACCCCUGGGAGGCUAAUUGAUCUUCUCAUGAAACACAAUGUUGACCUUACCUAUGUUUCUGUAUUCGUUUUGGAUGAGGUCGUUUCUAUCCAUGGCGAGAAGACGAUGAAAGUGAGAAGAGAGAAUUUGAGAAGGUUUUUGACAGGAGAAGUAUCUGUCGUUGUUUCUACUGGUGUCCUGGGGCGUGGAAUGGAUCUCCUAAAAGUACGUCAAGUGAUAUUGUUUGACAUACCAAAUUCCAUCGAUGAAUAUAUUCACCAAGUUGGAAGGGCAUCUCGGAUGGGUGAGGAGGGUAUGGCUGUUGUGUUUGUGAAUGAGGAGGAUAGAAGGAUUUUCAAAGAGCUUGUUCAGGUUCUGAAGACUGCAGGAGCACCGAUACCCCGGGAACUUGCAAAUUCAAGAUAUACAGCUGGUGUUUAUGUUGGUAGCGAGAGGAAGAGAACAUUGAGUUCUAGGUCUCGUUCUUGA